AUGUGGGAAAACAGUAAUGUGACUGAGUUCAUAUUGCUAGGAUUGACACAGGAUCCUCUGAGUCAGAAAAUGGUGUUUUUAAUCUUCUUAAUUUUCUAUGUGGGAACUGUAUUGGGGAAUACACUUGUUAUUGUGACCAUUGAGUCCAGCAGGACACUUGGAAGUCCCAUGUACUACUUCUUAUUUUAUCUGUCCUUUGCUGAUUCCUGUUAUUCAACAUCCACAGCCCCUAAGCUAAUUGUGGAUGCUCUCUCUGCAAAGAAACUCAUAUCCUACAGUGAGUGCAUGACACAGAUCUUUGCACUGCACUUAUUUGGAUGCAUGGAGAUCUUUGUCUUCAUCCUCAUGGAUCACUAUGAAGCCAUUUGUAAGCCUUUGCAUUACCCAAGGAUCAUGAGGAGGCAGGUCUGCCUCAUCUUGAUUGUCCUUGCCUGGAUAGGGUCUUUUAUGCAUUCCAUUGCUCAGGUUAUCCUGGCCUUGAGAUUGCCCUUCUGUGGACCCAAUUUGAAUGACCAUUACUGCUGUGAUCUGCAGCCCUUGUUUAAUAUUGCCUGCACAGACACUUAUUUGCUGAAUCUUCUGUUGGUGACUAACAGCGGGGCAAUUUGUCUAGUCAGUUUAACAAUUUUAACAAUCACAUACAUUGUCAUCCUGCAUUCACUGAGAAAUCACAGUGCAGAAGGGAGGAAAAAAGCCCUAUCCAAUUGCACGUCUCACAUCAUUGUAGUGAUCUUGUUCUUUGGCCCCUGUAUAUUCAUAUAUACACACCCCCAAAACACAUUCCUGGACAAGAUGGUGACAGUAUCUUAUACUAUUGGAACACCCUUCCUCGACCCACUGAUCUACACACUGAGGAACACAGAGGUGAAAAAUGCCAUGAGAAAUCUAUGGCAUUCUAAAAUUAUAUCGGAAAGCAAGGGAUAA